AUGAGGAAAUAUUUUACCUUUUUAAGAGAAUUUUCUACUCUUAAAAAUAUGGGCCCUGAGGAUUUGAACAUGUUAAGGAAAAAGUUGAGAUGUAAAUUUAAAAGUGUAGGUAUGUUAGAAUUAGAUACGUUAAUUAAUAAUUAUUUAAAUGCAAAUAUGAAUAUAAUAGAUAAUGAAAAAGUAAAGUUGUUAUAUAAUUUAAUGGAUAUAGAUACAACUAAUAUGUUGAAGUUAUUUUAUUUUUAUUCCAACCAAGAAAAUAGAAGUAUGGACAAAUUGUCCAAACUUAUGAAAGUUAAAGAUGAAAAAAUAAUACAGGAUACUUUUAAUUUAUUAAUUGAUAUACUUAACAAUAAUCAAAAGUAUAUUAGUACUCAGUGA